AUGGCUUCUGCCGUUACUUCAUCCGCUGACAAGGGCGUCACACAGGAUGCCGAGCAUGCCCAUCUAUGCAGUGCGAAUCAUGUAGCCAUUAUUGGCAAUACGUCCGACACGACCAAGCCUGGAUCAAGAGAGCGCACUGUCCAAAAAAGCGACGCGCGAAGCGGCCACUCCGCGGAGUCUAGCCAACGCAGCGGCUCGAACAAGUUCCGGUGCCGUGUAGCCAUGGCAUGCGUUCACUGUCGUCACCGGAAAUGCGAAUACGAGCGGGUCUCUGAACAUGAUAAUCUCCUUUCCCGCGAACGCAAGCGUCUAUCUCGCGAGCGCAAGGCCGCGCGUGUUGCCGCAAAUGGCCCUGGCCGUCAUGCAUCGCCACUCGAAGAAAAAAUUGCUGCCGGCUCCGUUUCGCCCAUUCAAGCUUCGUCUACUUCAUCGUCCAAGUCGCAGACACCGCCUUUCCCUAUACCUACUGCACCGCUUGGCAUGGAGACGUCGACGAACGCUGCCGAUAUGUGUACCAUCGUUCCCACGGGCGACCAGACUAUUUCCCCUGCCUGGGCGACCACGCAAGGGUUCAACCCAAAGGAUAUGGCGCCUUGGAUGGUGCAACCUGCCGCGACUACUACGCUGAACUCGACUAUUACUACGCACGGAUUUGCGGCGAACCAAGACACACUGAAUACGCUGCGCUCCGUGGCCGAUCCGAGCUUGCUGGAAGUGAGCGCACCUCCCGCGCCAUCGAGCCUGUCGUCUGAUUCGCCUUCGCUCAUGUCCAUGGCGUGGACGGACUCGGACAAGCAGUCCGAGUCGCCGUGCGAGUCGAAUUUCUUACCGCAUCAUCUCACCGACUUUAGUUCUGCGCUGCAGGCCAUGGUGAACGGGCCGUUGGGCACAGCUUCGCCCGCUGUGGAUUCGAUGGAGCUUAAUUCUGCAAUUGAUACUCCGCUUAAGCUGUUUAGUGACGUGCAGCAGCUGCCCAGCUUGGUGGACAGUGCAUCACCUUCUGAGGGAAGCAACGCGCUCAGUGAGUCGACCCCCAGUGCGCUCAACUCGUCCAAUGCAAUCUCGCCUCUCUCGCCGCGACUCGCGCCGUCUGCAUUUGAAGACUUUGAUUCGAGGGGACUUGCUGGUUUUGGGACACCCGAGGUGCAGCACCUUGGUUUGUACAGCUCCUCGCUCCCACUACAAGAUUCAAAUUUCGCGUAUGGUGCCGACCUGGAGGCCAGUAGCAUGCCGGCAUAUGCCUCGCCGUGGAAGCAGUUGACGUCGAAUUAG